CCCCGUCUUGGCAGUAGGCCAGAGGGCUUGGCAUUGGGGUAUAUAUGCCAGAGAUAAAAAUACCAUGACGCUGGGAUCUUCCCCAAGUAAAAAGCGUACGGCAGAAAUCUCAGCCAGCAUUUCCAAACGAGACUGCUGCAAAGGCAUGCGCUGUCUCUUUGUAUAUAUAUUGAGGCGACCAGCUGCUUCUUCUCAGAAGCCGUUGGCGGCGAAUACUGGACCGAAGCGUGUGUUAGCUUUCCUUCUCCCCACUUCUUUCCUUUGCAUCCUCACCACUGCAUUGCAUUCAUUCACCUGCAUCACACUUGUACCAGUUCCCUGUCAUGUCUACAACAUCACCCAUUCAUGCCGACCUCAUUAAGCGAAAGAAUCCCUACGCAGUGGCCCGCCACACAUCGCCGUACCCAGCAGACAUCCUCGCCGGUCUCUGGCUAAUCAGCCUCGGCAUAUACUUUAUUUUCGUUGGGCGACGGUUCUCCAGAACCCUAGCAACAAUCUCCGGCUACGCCCUAGUCGGCGGUCUGGUUCUCUUCAUUGAAUACAACGCGCAAGCCCCAAGGAUACCAGAAACUGCGCUGCAAGUCGGCUACGUGGUGUCCGGAAUUGCAAUCGGGGCUAUCGGCGGCGUAGCUGGCUUCUACUUUAACGAAUUCGGCCACCUGAUCACGGGUGUGCUCGGCGGUUUCGCCCUUGGCACCUGGGUGCUGGCGUUCAGAGACCGCGGCCUGAUCCAGUCGGAAACCGGCCGGAUCGUGUUCCUCAUCGUCUGCAUGGCGUGUAGCGCUCUGUGCGUGUGCCACUUUGACGUACCGGGGACUGUCGCGUUUGCGUCGAUAUUUGGCGCUUAUGCGCUGAUGAUUGGCAUCGACUGCUUUGCACGCACCGGCUAUGUGUCGUCGGCCACGUCGUUUUUCCUGUUCCCGGGCUCGUCGUUCAGAGUAACGUCGGAAACGUUCGCCAUGCAGGGCGGCGUUGUAGCAGCAGUCGUUGUGGGCUGUGUCGUCCAGACGAUCCUGCUCCGCCGGCAGACCCGCAAGGCCAUGCACAUGGAUGAGCAAAUGCUGAAGCGCAAGCUCCGGAUCCGGCCAUAGGGCACGCGCAUCACGAGAUGUGUUUGAUAAGGUCUACAUAAUGUCAGUUGUACUAGUUUCCGUGUUCUAAACCCCUCGUAAAAUAAAAAGAAAUAGUCAGUUGUAGCGCGUAUUACCUAGAGGAAGUCGAUUAGGGAGUCGG